GGACGAAUUUCCGUGAUAUUAAAAGUAAUCUACGCCCCUGGCCAAUAGUAUUAUGACCCGCCUUGAUUUUUAACUUUUCCGACCAAUUAAAUGCGACGGCGUCUCUGCAGUUUCAAUUUGACCUGAAAUGAAGCACAGCCAGAGAUGCGUUUAGAAGGCUCCUAUAAUGGCCAAAUGGUUCCCUCGUUCUUUUCUUAUAUUUGUCUAUAUAUUAACGCUUUGUCUUAUUUAUCAUCCUUGUCUAAGCGAUGCGCAUCAAGGCAAACUAGAGAGACAUUACCUGCACUACAUGUUUACAGCCUGGACCAAAGCAGAUAUAAUACCUGAGCUCAGUGCUGUUGGUGUGGUAGAUGUCAGACGGAUCUCAGACGACAGUAAUGAAGUUCCAGACUUGAUAAGACUGAUUCUGACUGCAGAUGACGGUACUGAUGCUUUUGUACAGCUAUGUGACUCUAACUGGUACAAACAUCAGCUAUACAUUCUGUCAAACUGCACGCAGUGUUCUGAGCUCCAUACGUUUCAGAGAAUGAUUGGUUGUGAAAUGGAGAAAUUUCCUAAUGGAACAGCGUCGAGCUUAAGAGCCUUUGAUGAAUAUGGAUUUGAUGGAGAAGAUUUUAUUGCCUUUGAUUAUGACACCAUGCUGUGGAUUGAUAAAACUCCCAAAGCCAAAGAAACCAAAAAUAAAUGGGAUCUUCAGACAGAACGAAACCGGUUCAUCAAGAAUUAUGUUGAGAAAUGCAUGGACUGGAUCUCCACGUUUAACAACACACAUGAGAAUUCACCAGAUGUUGGUGUGUUUGCGAGGAAAGCUCCUGAUGAUCACAGUAAGCUGGUUCUGAUCUGUCUGGUCACUGGUUUCUACCCCAGAGAUAUUGAGAUGAACAUCAGAUUGAACAGAAUUAAUAUUCAGAACCAAACAUCUUCUGGAGUCAGACACAAUAAUGAUGAAACCUUUCAGAUGACAUCCAGUGUGAAGAUCGACAGAAACCACAGAGGAUCUUAUGACUGUCUGGUCAUUCACAGCAGUCUGACAGAACCAGUGUCAGUAGACUGGGAUGGAACAUGUUUUAACUGUGAAACAGAAUCUCAGUGGUUUGUUUUAAUAAUACUAUUAAUACCUUUUGUAAUUCUCAUUGGGAUUUGCUUCUGCAUAUAUAAAUGGUCAAAAGAGAGACACCAUUUCUACUACAGAUUUACAGUCCUGAGCAAAGCAGAGAUUUUCCCAGAUUUCACUGCUGAGGCUGUGUUGGAUGACAGACGGAUAUCACACUACAACAAUGAAGCUGAAGACUUUCUAUGGGUGAUUCUGAUUGAACCUCCUGGGAUCAAAGCUCCUGGAGAACCAUAUGAUCCUAGAGACUGGUACAAAGAUGAGCUAAACAUUCUGUCAAACUGCACACAGUGUUCUGAGCUCCAUGUACUCCAGAGAAUAAUUGGCUGUAAACUGGAGAAAUUACCUAAUGGAACGGUGAAGAGUCUGCCUGUCUUUGAUGAAUAUGGAUUUGAUGGAAAUGAUAUUUUGGCCUUUAAUUAUGACACUAUGCAGUGGAUUGAUAAAAGUCCAAAUGCAAAAGAAAUAAAAAAGGAUUGGGAUCGUCAGACAGAACGCAAACAGGUCCUGCACCAAUACCUCAAGAUCUGCAUGGAUUGGAUCUCCAAAUUUAACAACACAAAUAAGAAUUCACCAGAUGUUGGUGUGUUUGCGAGGAAAGCUCCUGAUGAUCACAGUAAGCUGGUUCUGAUCUGUCUGGUCACUGGUUUCUACCCCAGAGAUAUUGAGAUGAACAUCAGAUUGAACAGAAUUAAUAUUCAGAACCAAACAUCUUCUGGAGUCAGACCCAAUAAUGAUGAAACCUUUCAGAUGAGAUCCAGUGUGAAGAUCGACAGAAACCACAGAGGAUCUUAUGACUGUCUGGUCAUUCACAGCAGUCUGACAGAACCAGUGUCAGUAGAAUGGGCUCUGGGGAGAAAUAGUGCUGAUUACGGUGCAAUAAGUCAGCAGACACCGAUGACCAGUGCAGUGUGUGCUGAUGCGUCUGAUCAGGAGAUCAUUGUUGAUGGAUCUACAGACCAGACUGGGGUGUGA